UAAUGAUUUCACUUCGGGAGCCAUCUUCACCGGCUGGCAAGGAGGUGGUAUAACGCUUUCUACUUACCAAACAAAUUUCUCUGCUGAUAACCUCAAAUUAUUUGCGCGUUUUAAGCAAUUCGAAAAUUCAUUUUGUUAUUGCAAUGACGAGUGCAUUAAUCGAAGACGACGUACCUCGGUUGUCGGGGCAUGCCAUGGAGGCUCUGGCUGAAUUUUAUCGCGAACAAGAAGAACGCAAAGCUGUGGAAAUUGCCGCUGAUACAGACUUUGUGUUCCAUGAAGAUUGGCAACUCAGCCAGUUUUGGUACGACGAGGAUACCAUUGACAAGCUCAGUACAGUGGCCGUUAAGGCGGCCGGCCCAAACAGCAAGAUAGCAUUAGUAUCAUGCCCUUCGCUUUUUCGAAAAACGGAAGCCAAAGCCGGCGAUAACGUUAAAGUGACAUUAUUCGAGUAUGAUACGCGUUUCGCGGCGUACGGUAGCAGCUUUGUGUUUUACGACUACAACAGCCCGCAAAACAUUCCCCAAGAGAACAAACACGAUUACGACCUCGUCGUGGCAGAUCCCCCGUUCUUGUCUGAAGAGUGCCUGACGAAGACUGCCGUCGCGAUCAAAUUUUUAACAAAAGGAAAAAUAAUCUUGUGCACUGGGACGAAGAUGGCAGAGCUGGCGCAGAAGCUUUUGGACGUGAGGGACAAAAGUUUUAAGCCUAAACAUAAAAGUAACUUGUGUAAUGACUUCUCGUGUUUCUCCAAUUUAGAUAUAGACCAGCUUUUAUAAUCAUACAAUAAAUAUUUUUAGAAG